AUGCAGCAGCCAUUGAGGCCGCCGGCCUCGCCGCCCGCGGGGUCCACGCUGCCGGUGCCGCCGGCGGCGAGAGACAGGUCGCCGUCCCCGGGAGGGACGGAGACCCGCCACCGGCGCGUCAGCAUCGCCUCCGACCCCGUCGUGGCCAACGAGCACGACCCACCGCGCCUGCGCCGCAUCAGCUCCGUCUCCGAGCCGCACGAGCGCCGCAAGUCCAUCCUGCACAACCCGCUGACACCCCCUCCGCCCCCGCCGGGUUCGCCGCCGCCGCCCCCGCUCGACGGCUUCCCGCACCUCGGCCUCUACACGCACGGGCUACCCUCGCGUUCACCGCUGCCCUCGCCGCCGCCCAUACACCGCGACGAGAACGGGAAACCGCCUUUCCUAUACAACGAUGGCCUGCCGCUGCCCAGCAAGAAGUUCUCCACGGCGACGGGCAGCAGCGCCUUCUACGAGAAGCAGCAGCACCCGCUCGACGACCUGCAGAGGUCGUGGUGGUUCCUGCUGUUCAAGCGGUGCCACCAGAAGGAGACGACGCCGUCGUGGCAGCCCGCCUUCUGGCCGCGGCUGUGCCCGCCGCCCAUCUGCCCCUCCUACCGCCGCUUCGCGCGCGUCGUCGCCCUCGUCAUCAUCCUGCUGCUCUGCUGGGUCGUCACCUUCGCUGUCGUCGGACACGACGCCGGCCCCGGUGGUCAGCUGUUCAAGCUGGCGCUGCUGACGCUGACGGCGCACGUUGGCGGCUGGUUGGCCACGCUGCUGAUGCUGCCCUCGCUGCUCGGCAUGCUGCUCGUUGGAAUCGCCUUCCAGAACCUCGGUGUAGUCGACAUCACCGGGCCCUACGUAGAAGUCUGCUCCGUGCUCAGACGCAUCGCGCUGGUUAUCAUCCUGAUCCGAGCCGGCCUCGACCUGGACCCGGGUGCCCUGCGGCGGCUGGCGGUGCACGUGCUCAAGCUGGGGCUGGUGCCGUGGCUGGCGGAGUGCGCAGUCAUCACCGUCAUGGCGCACUUCCUGCUCGGCAUGCCCUGGAUCUGGGGUUUCCUGAUGGGGUCGGUGGUGGCGGCGGUGUCGCCGGCGGUGAUCGUGCCCGGGCUGCUGCGGCUGCGCGCCAAGGGCUACGGUGUCAGCAAGGGCAUCCCCACCGUCAUCAUCGCCAUCUCCGGCAUCGACGACGCCACCUCCGUCGCCGUCUUCGGCGUCGUCCAGAGCAUCAUGUUCUCCCAGAAUAGUCUGGCGUAUCAGAUUGCGCAGGGCCCGGUGUCUGUUUUCGGCGGCAUCGGCUUCGGUAUCGUCUGGGGAAUUCUCGCCAAGUACAUCCCCGAGAAAGACGAUCCGUACGUGAUCCCGCUGCGGGUGCUGAUGCUGCUGGGCGGAGGCAUGCUCGCCGUUUUCGGCAGCGAGACCAUCGGCUUCGACGGCGCGGGGCCACUGGGCUGCGUCUCUGCAGCCUUCGUGUCCUGCGUCUCCUGGAGCAGCCAGGGGCUCGACGUAGAGGACAAUCCAGUAGCCACAGCGUUCGAAAUAUUUUGGAUGAUCUGUGAGCCAAUUCUGUUUGGAAUAACAGGCACUCAGAUAAAAUUCAGCGAUCUGGACGGAGACGUUGUAUCCUUUUCCCUAGCCUGUCUCAUCACGGCAAUAGUGUUAAGACUGUUGAUCACGGUUGUGGUUGGGAUUGGCAGUAGACUGAACCUGAGAGAGAAGAUUUUCGUGGCUUUGGCAUGUAUGGCCAAGGCGACGGUGCAGGCGGCGCUGUGCUCGCAGCCUCUGGAGAAGGUGAAGGAGACUGGCGGCACGGAGGAGGAGCUGACGUGGGGGCAGCUGAUGCAGACGACGUGCGUGCUGUCCAUCCUGCUGACGGCGCCGCUGGGCGCCGUGCUCAUCAUGCUGUCCGGGCCGCGCCUGCUGCGCCGCCUCGCCACGCCGCCGCCAGAGGGCUGGAGGCGCAGCGCGCGGCCCUCGCUGCGCGACAUCUCCAUCAUCGACGAGGAGGAGGCGGCCGAGAACGACGCAGACGCCGUCAGCGAGCUGGGCUCCACCGCCGGCUCGCCCCGGCACGACACGUAGCGGCUGCUGCCCUCCCCUCCCCUCCACACUCCACCCGUCUCUGCGCUCGGGACGACUGCGGCUCACCAAAACAUGCUCAGGUCUCACCGUCUGGCGAUCGCGCUCCGUCGCUUUCCGCCGCCAACGCAUUCCUCGCUCCUGCGAACCUCCUCUACUUCCUCUCGUGCUUCGCCAAGUGCUAGCGCGACCAGCACAUUUCCACUGCAACUGCCUAAGAGAGAAACGGAACUCUUGGUGGGAGAACACGCUCAAACCCAGCGCGCUCUGUCUUGCAACUGCGAUAGUCAGCCAGUCACGAAAGAGAGCCGCACAGGACGCGGCGUGGAUAUUUAUUCCAGCUUUUCUGGUUCCUAAACUACAGCUGUGCCACGCGUAUGGAGCUUCAGUAGUGUGUUCUUGAUAUCUGGAAACGUGUUUUGCUCCGUGCACGAGCGAAGCGUCCGUUCUGUAGUAUUCGCGGCUUGAAACUACUACUCGCAACAAACUUCAUAACAACACACUAAAAGCACAUUUAAAGUCAACACUGACUGCAAUCUUCAAAACGAAGCUCUCGUAGAGUGAACAGAUGUCUGAAACUGAGUCAUCUCAGUUACGCUGAACGACCCUAAACUCUUCCGUCCACGAUCGUAAAGACGACCUCACAGACGCUUGUAUAGUGUUCUUCUUGGAGGACAGAUACGCCCCAACAAGCUGACGUAACCCAUAGAGAAUUUGGACCAACAUAUCUUCCACCACACUCCAAUUGUCUGUUAGCAUCUGUCCUAGUAUUUGUUACCUUCAGACUCAAAUACCGACCAUAUCCGGAGAUAGUCUGCAGGCCACUGACCAUUGGCAUGCACAAAAUUUCUUACACCCUAAACAUGUCAUACAGUCAUAAUGAUCACAUUCUAGCAACAUAUGGAGUCGUAUCUCCUCCAUUCCCCCCCCCCCCUCAACCUCCCAAAAAAAAAAAACGCAGUAGGUAGAUUACAUAGCCAUAACAAGUUACAUGUUUCCCCCACAGAUCAAUAAAGUAUUAUUGUGUGAGGACAUUCAGCAUAAAAUCCGUAAUCGGGGUGCAUUUCAAUAUUUAGCCUACACAGUACUAAGAGACAGCGUCCAGCCAUAACGAAAACAUUUGCCCAAUCGUCUUAAAUCACAUUUAUUCAUCACACUCCUACAUCCACACGACGUAAACAGUUUCUUACACACAACACCGAUUAAAUUGUCACUGGGCGGCCAUAUCCGUGUCUAGUAAUACACGUAAAUCACCUAUGUUAGGCUUUUACAGGUACAGUGCCGAAAUAUUUAUUUCAACCUACAGAGAUCACCGUUUGUAUUAUUUUGAAGUCUAAGCCGUCAUUGGUAACACACAUCCUAAGGUCAGCCUGUCUGUACAUUAGUUAUAAUUAUGAAAUCCUUCUGGUAGUCGGUCAAAAAUCGACCUGAACGAUGCUCCGGACAUUAAAAGAACGCGGCAGAGUAUCAGUUGCAGCUAUAUAGUUAGCUUCAUUGCAGAUAAUGAUGAUCCUUGCCUAACGAUGGUAAGAUAUUUCAGUCGCGGCCAUAAUUUUAGACACCACGAUGCUGUUGACCAAACAGAUAGCCCCGAGACGUUUGAUAUGACACUACCUACAAAGGGCGAUGAGCCAUGGCAGCUGACCCCAGACUAUCUUCUUUCCUUGAUGUCAACGUAUAAAUGACACCACUGAAAACGUCCAUUACAAUGACAACAUCACAACAGACAGAUGCUAACCGUAAAAUAUUAAUAAAUGGAAGAACGACUGCCUGGUUCUCCUCACAACCAGCGUUACACCAAUAUAAAGACUGACUUCGCUGGGGUUCUCCUACAGAGCGACCUCAGCGCAUGUGCAAAUAGACUGCCACGUUGACAGUAACUUUAGAGUGCUGUCCGCUACACUGCAUACGGAGAGCUCGUGAGCUCAGCUACGAACGAUGUGCCAUGAAACCUGAGCAUGUUUUGUUAUUCCCUUUGCAUUAGCCGCACGAAAUUUAAGGUAUAUUGAAUGUUUCUACCGUGGUGGCGACAUUGUUCCAAGGAGAGUACACUCUACGGAUAAGUUGCCUUUUAAGUAGUUUCUGCCACGUGACUGAACAGUUCUUUCCAGUUAAGUUUAAUGUCUUCGCGUCUCACAUACUCUCACCUACACAAUGCCUUCUAUAUUUUCAUUUAAUUUUUCUUUAGUCUUCUAGUUAACUUUUCUCGUAUCCUCCCCUACCGUUCCUUUGUUCUCUCUUUGGACGCAGAGGCAAAAACGUCGGUCAUAUGCCAAAGAAUGACCUCUUUCAUUCUGUUACCGCCAACCAACCAUUUUGAAACAAGCUAAAAAGGUUUGCGGCUAUUAACAAAAGGUGUUACAUUACACUGUUAUGUAUAGCGUAAUAUAUGAACUGAACUGUUCUUCCACUAUUAUUCCUGGAUGUACAAUGGAAAGUGCUACAGUCUACCAGUGCAGUUAUUACUGAUAGCAACUACGACAGUAUUUACAAAGCUGAAUUCAGGUGCUUAUUAAACUGAUAAUUGUGGACGUCACAAUUUUUAUGUAGACACAGAAAUGUCACUAUGUAUGUGAUGUAGUGAAUUAGUUCACUAAUUACCUUAUUUUUAUGUAAAUAGCUACAAAACUACAUUGUAUAAAGGGACCUAUUUAUAUGUAACAUUGGUCUAGUGAUUUUUCUAUUCCUGUAAAGUACUGUAACGUGGUGUAUAUGUUGUGUUGCACGAUAUGCUUCACACUAGAGUCAUUCAAAAACCAGAUAACUGGGCAUAUUUGAAUAUUAAUAAAAAGUUGUAACAUUUUUU